AUGAGUCAAAGGCCAUCUUCAAGAAAUUCAUGCAUACGAGAAGAACCAAUAACUAGAAGAAAAAGUUCAGAAUCUAAUAGAUGUGAACGCCCACAAACAACCAGUUGUAGAGUUAUUGAACCGAUCCAAGAGGAAUGUCCUGAUAAUUUUGAGUCACAAAUAAACGAAGAUGAAAAAUGCCCAUACACGGAUCAAGAACCAAGAUAUGAUCCCAAAGAGCUUCGUGAUGCUGUUCGAAUACUUAAUCCAUUUGUUAGACUAAUUAAAGACACUAAUAAUCCGUAUGCUAGAAUAGUAGCCCGAGAAGUAUGCAAAACGUUUUAUCAUUUGUUUCAUACAAAUAUACAUCCAAUAGACGUUAUGAAAACUAUUAAUUGGAGAGCUAAGACUGUAAGAACCCAACAGUUGUGGAAUGAAUUUUGGCUUUAUGUCCCAGGGUCGAAAAUUGAAGAAUGGGUAUCGUUACGUGAAUGUGUUAAGAAUGAUAAUCUCAUAGAUUUUAAUAGUUAUUGUAGUCCGUGUCAAACACAAUCUGAAAAUGUCAACUCACAAGUUGAUGAAUUUCAGUGUCCCGUAAAUCAAUUAUCUAAUAAUGAAAACCGACAAAAUCAAUGCAUUCGGAAAACUCAGAGAAAUCUUACAGAACAUGUAAAUUUUGGAGACGUCUGUGGUUCUGAUACAUACCAAAGUUUAUACGACAUUAGUCCCCCAGAUAUGAAUUUCGAACACCAAUGCGCUGGUUCUGAUAAUUUUCCAUACAUACAUAAUUUUAAACCAAAAACUUCAGGAAAAAUGUCUCCAAGUACGGUAGACCAAAAUAAAAAUACAUUUAAAUUAAAUUCAAAACAACAGUAUGGAAAAAUUUCUGAAACUCAGUGUCAGUUGAAACAUCUUAAUGAGCCUACAAAUAAAAAUUGUAGUGUUGGUAUUGAAGAUACUAUGAGAAAAAUAAAAACGAAAAAUUGUACUUCAGAAUGCAAACGUCAACAUGCAGGAAAUGACUUUUAUUUCCCGCAUUCUGAACCUGGCUGCAGUGCUGGUCCUACAUAUGUGCCUGAUUCUGGAAUUGAUACAACACAACAUGAAUAUUACAGAAUAACUGCAAACACGCCAUCACCUCCACGAAAUCAACUUCGGCGUUUGCCAAAAACGCCAGUUGAACCAGAACUUAGAACAAAUGCUCUACAAUGUUCUGUAAUAGACAAUGACGAAGAGUGUAGUGAUUCAGAUUCUGUCGAGAGUUUAAAAAAUAUACAGCAGAUAGCAUGUAAAUCAAGUUUAGUAGCCAAUGCAUUUACUAAUUUAUCAUUAGCAAAAAAAGACCUUGAAACAAAAACAAAUGCUUUUAAUAUGUUAACACAACAUUAUUUAAAUUUUGCAUCGAACCCAAUAGAAGUAGAACCUCCAUGUCCAGACAGUCCAAGUGCAAAAAUGAUCUUGCAAGCUAUCUAUAAAAAUCCACCAAAAAUUAUCAAACCAUUCAAUGAUUGUGAAUGGAACGAUAAUGCUUUUCAUGAUAAAGAUUUCAUUCGUUUACUCCCGUUUUAUGAAAGCGUACAUAAUCAAUUAGAAUAUAUUUCGAAAACACAACGAGAUUAUGGUAUAAAUAUGUUAGAUGACAUUAUGUCCACUUUUUAUCAUAUACACUACGAUUUGGGUGAUCCAAGACUCAAAAAUGAUAUGCUUAAAGAACACGUCAAACUUAUUACAAGAAAUACUUGGGAAUCAUAUUUUUAUAAAGACAAAAAAAUGCCUGCCAUACCUGAUAAAGAAUCUUGUCGACCAACCCCACAGCAGUUAUAUCCAAAACAACCUACUCCAGUACAACAAUCUUGUACAAGACCACCAAAUCCAGUACAACAACCUUGCUCAAGACAACCUAGUUCAGUACAACGAUUAUGUCCAAAACCACCAAACCAAAGGCCACCUAAUGUUAGACAACCACAAGCACCGAGACUUAAUGUUAGCAGAAGACCGCCCACGACAUCUAACCAAAGAAUAGAUGAUUGUCCUCAACAAGCGUGUAAUCCUCCUGUAGAAAAUAAAAGAACUUUUCUACGCAGAAGUCGGCCAAGUGGUGCACCAAAGGGAUGGGCUCCAAAAUUAAAACACGCAGAUCGCCCAGACACCUUGCCGGUAUUUAAAGCGAAACCAUUACCAAAAUUUGUUCGCGAUAGAUUAAAUCAACAAGAUGCAGCAUGUUAA